AUAAUCCUUUCGGUCCUGGUUAUCCCUCUGGUCCACUACACUCCCGCAUUCCGUCAGGAAUUGCCCAUAGGACAAACUGCCAACGGGACACAAAGCAGUACCGCUUCGGGCAACCCGCAAUACACUUAUCCAUGGACUUUCUACGGUACCGUUCUGGCCUAUUCUGGUAUCAUCGCAACGGCUUCAAACUUCAUGUUCGUCUCGACCAUGUCGUUUCAUGCGCGAAUCAGUGAUCCGGCUGUGGGUGGUACUUACAUGACCCUUUUGAAUACGGCAACGAAUUUGGGUGAGAUUCAC